UAUUUUUGAAAAGGAAAACCAACUGAUGAUAAUCAAGAGAUUAACUAAUUGUUUUAAUCUUUUAUGUGUAGUUAACGUCGUUAGUUGACAAGUGAUUAAGUCUAAACGUUAAUUUGUCUUAACCAUUUCAAGGAACUGUAAAUAUAAACACAAUUUUUUAAUUCUACGUCAAAAUGGAUUUGAUUUUCCAUGAAAAGCAAGAAGGUCAAUUGUGUGCUAAGCAUUGUCUCAAUGCUUUACUUCAAGGACCUUAUUUUACUGAAUUUGAUCUGGCCUCCAUUGCGAAGAUCAUUGAUGAUGAAGAGCGACUGAAAAUGGCAGAGGGUGGUGAGAACAGACAAGAAUAUCGAGAAUUCAUUGAGGGUCCUUCAUUCAAUAUGGAUGAUAGCGGUUAUUUUUCUAUCCAGGUUCUAGCAAAUGCUCUCAAAGUUUGGAAUCUUGAAUUGGUGCCCUUCAAAAGUCAAAACACUAUCGCUGAAAUCGCUCGUAGAGAUCCUAUGUCACAAAAAAGCUACAUUUGCAAUUACAAAGACCACUGGUUAACUAUCAGAAAAAUUGGACAACAAUGGUUCAAUCUAAAUUCAAUGUUGAGUGGACCUGAACUUAUUUCCGACACUUAUUUGGCCCUUUUCUUGGCGCAACUACAGGAAGAAGGCUAUUCUAUUUUUAUUGUUAACGGAGAUUUACCUUCGUGUAAAUCCGACCAAGUAUUAUCGACUGUGAGAGUUGAACAAGCCGAGAAACCACAUACCAUUGCUGAAUAUGCCGAUCGAAGUUCAACCGAAGCAAUUAAAGGAGAUUCUUGCAGUGGGGGUGAAGAUGAUGAAAGUUGUCUUCAAAGAGCGAUCGCUGCCUCGUUAGAAAGUGAAUUGGAAGAUGAACAAAAACAACUUCAAGCAGCGAUUGCGAUGAGUUUGGAGUCGAAAUAAAUCCAACAGAAAAUGAUAAUCACACGGAAGCAUCUCUAAUAUUUACUAUCCCUUUUUCAUCAAAUCAAAUUUCUCAGUGAAAAUCAAUUACACUUCGAACGAGUUUAUAAACUACUGUUACUUUUUUAAUUUCUUUUUCUCAUGUUGCAUCAAAUCUUUUUCUUAAUUCGCACCAAGAUUAACCAUUUACUCUAAAAUUUAAAGUCAUCGAAAAAUUUUGCAUCCAAUUGAUUCACUUUUUUCGGAAAAUUUUCUAAAUUGAUUGAUUAGUUCGCGAAGAGGAUCAUGAAUAAAAUCAAUCGAUCCAAAUACUUGGAUUCUAAUAAUGCCGAAA